GAAAAAAUUAAAGGAAAUAAAGUCUUAGGUAAGCUGUAGAGCCGGGGCUUGGGAAAGUUCGCAGUGGAUUUGUUUUCUUCCAGCAGUGGAGUUUGUCCUGACAGUGUCCAAAGUGGUUUAGAAGAUAAACAUCAUGACCUGCUAGCGACACCCAGGACAACAUGGACGGGCAAUAACCAGGCGUUACACCAGGGGAGGAGCGUUGGCCGUUAUGACAAGAUCAUGAUGACCACCCUUUCUGCGACUGAUAAUGCUGAUGUUGCUCAUGGGGCGAAUCUGGGGUGUGUCACUGAGGAAGGCUCAGUGAGUUCAGCAGAAGUGAAACAUGAGUUACACACUUCUCCUAGUCAACCAGUUUUAUUCACCAGUUCUCCUAAAGAGCUGCACGACAAGCUACACAUGGACCCUAGCAAUGUCAAACCGGAUCCCUCUGCAGACACACCUGCGCCAGAGAACCAGCCAAUGAAAAGGAAGAAAGGUCCAGCUCCUAAGAUGCUUGGGAACGAGGUGUGUAGCGUAUGUGGGGACAAGGCUUCCGGUUUCCACUACAACGUACUGAGCUGUGAGGGCUGCAAGGGCUUCUUCAGGCGCAGCGUAAUCAAAGGAGCGCAGUACGUCUGCAAAAACUCGGGACGUUGCGAGAUGGACAUGUACAUGCGGCGAAAGUGUCAGCAGUGUCGACUGCGCAAGUGUCGGGAAGCCGGCAUGCUGGAGCAGUGUGUGCUUUCGGAGGAGCAAAUUCGGUUGAAGAAAAUGAAGAAGCAGCAUGAGGAAGAUGCAGCUCGAGGCUCGGCCGUGGCUACACCUAGCCCAGCGGUUGACAUCCCCCCUUUGGCUCCAGAGCAGCAGGAAAUGAUCGAGAAGUUAGUCUCCAUGCAGAAACAGUGCAACAAACGCUCCUUUAUUGACCGCCGCAAAGUCACUCCAUGGCCACAGAGUCAGGACCCGAUGAACCGGGAGGUACGUCAGCAGCGCUUUGCUCAUUUCACCGAGCUGGCGAUCAUGUCGGUGCAGGAGAUAGUGGACUUCGCGAAACAGCUGCCUGGUUUCCUGGAGCUUACCCGGGAGGACCAGAUCGCCCUGCUCAAAACCUCCACCAUUGAGAUCAUGCUGCUAGAGACUUCUCGCCGCUACAAUCCAGCGAUCGAGAGCAUCACUUUCCUCACACCGGACUUCAGCUACAACAAAGACGACUUCGCCAAAGCAGGGCUGCAGAUCGAGUUCAUUAACCCCAUCUUCGAGUUCUCUAAGGGCAUGAACGACUUGCACCUGGAUGAAGCAGAGUACGCGCUGCUCAUCGCGAUAAACAUCUUUUCAGCAGACCGACCCAACGUGCAGGAUCAUGAUUUGGUGGAGAAGCUCCAGCAGCCGUAUGUGGACGCUCUGAAUUCGUACAUCAGGAUCAAAAGACCAAAUGAUCAUCUGAUGUUCCCACGUAUGCUGAUGAAGCUGGUCAGUCUGCGUACCCUGAGUAGCGUUCACUCUGAGCAGGUCUUCGCUUUGCGACUGCAGGACAAGAAACUCCCCCCUCUUCUGUCUGAAAUCUGGGAUGUCCACGAAUGACAAAACAAGCCCCAAGGCCAGCCCCAAGGACAAAGUCACGCAGUGUUUAAUGAUUGGAGAGUGCUAUUCUAUCAGCCCCACUGACCACCUUGCUCUUGAGGAGUUUGUUUUAUCUUCCUCUGGACUUAUGAUUGUACUCUCCUGUUCAGGAUACAGUGGUUUUGUGGUUGGCCUUCUCUGAAUCAGGACUCUAUAGACUGUCUAGACCAUUCAGAAAUGCUUAGGGAAUGAUUGUAGGCAGUUUGGGAUCCGGAAUUCUCGCUUACUGGAAUGAAUGAUUGUACAUUUAAGGCGGUUGAUUGAUAUUUCUUUCCACAGUACCUAUUCCACUGGCACAACCUGUGGCCCAUUUGAGCUCGAAUCCAGAUUGCUGCCUUCAAGAAGCAAAUGAACGCAGUCGAUUUUUGAGCUAGGCAGGAAGUUUGGCUCUGUACUGUAUGAGCAUUAUUUCUCCCUGCACUUUGGGGCCAACAACCUGAAAUUUCACACAUGGUCAUGGAGCAGUGCUCCAACAAAUGACCUGCUUGAGGAUAAUUUGAGAAACAAUUGAUAAGCCUUUCUAGUCUGUCUCUCUCUCUCUCUCUCUCUCUCUCCCUUCUUUUUUUUGCUUUAACAGGAGCUCGUAUUUAUGCCUCAUCGGGGACAGUGCAGGAAAAAGUGGGAUAUCUGCGCAUUUAUUUCUCAGUUUGGGUAAUGCACAAGGAUUUUUUUUUUAUAUGUAGCUUAUAACGUCAGGAUACGGAACCGAUUUGGGUGUUGGCGAAUGACGCGUAGCUCCUCGAUUGUCUUGAUGAAGUCCUAUAUUUUCUUAUUCCUUUAUUAAUUUCCAAAAGGAGCGGGCAUGGCUACGUUAAGGCUGCAUACAAUCUUGUGUUCGCCGUCUAGACGCAAUGGUGGCGGUGAACAAAAUGCAAUCUCGGCUUCGUCUAAAAAGAAAAAUCCAGCACGUUACUUACAGGGAUUGGCAGGCGGCUGUAGACCUGUCAACAUAAACCAGUAUGCUGCUUUUGAAAACUACUGUAACUUUGGUUUGAGAAAUCUCACGUGUAAAAUCGGUUAACAUUGUACGUAUUGGCUUAGAACUUUGUUUUAUGUCGACCAUUGUCAUUUAGUAACUGCUAGUAAAAGUAAACCCCUGAAAUGUUGCCAGUAGUCUCAUGGCCUAAUGGUUCACAAAGCAAAAGAACAGCAGAAAUUAAUUAAUGGGUUUUUCAGGUUUAAAUCGUCAUAGUUUUUAAUGAUCAAUGCUACCUCCUUGUCUGAAGCCAUGCUCUGGCAGCAUACAGAGACGGGCGGGUUUUUUUGGCAUCACCCACUUUCUCAUUCGGACUGGAAUUUCCUUUUAAUUCGCUUGUUUGCGCUAAUCUCAAUGUUUUUGCUUCGCAGCAUUAAAGGGGAUAUCCGACUUUGUAUCCAAUUAAUCAGAUGAAGCGCAUUUCCACCUACAAUAUGCAACUGUAUUAUUUAGGGAAAGUAGCUCACUGGGAUAUGCGAAGAAAGAAUUUCAGGGUGCUGUAAACAUACGACAAGUAAAAAAAACCCUUUACCUUUACUUUUAAUAUGCACUGGGGUAUAAAGGGCCUGUUAAAGAAUUUGAGCCAAUCCGAUUUUCUCUAAGAAAAUAAAAAGGUUUAUUUGUUCCCAUUCACACCUGGAAAGCUUUGGCAUCUUGCAUCAGGAUUAUUUCUCAGACAUUUUUUUUAACCACAUGCAAAUACACUUUCACACGUUUCUGUUGUCAGUAGGCAAAUGAGUCUUAAUAUGCACAUUGGCUAAUUUAAACUUCGUGUGCCUGGUUGUGAUGUCAUAGGAACGAUCAUAUUUAAAUCGGAUUUUUCAGAUUAGUACUGAAAUAUCAUAUAAAUGCAUCCAGGAUACAUUUAUACUUUUUUGCAUUUUGAUGCAGAUAAUCUUUAUCCAGAUAUAAUCCUUGUACUCAAGGUGAAUAAAAAUGUACACGUAUAAACGGGGACUUUGAUUCAUAGAAGUUACCUCCAGUCGUUAUUAUUUAUUAUGGCCUUAGUGAUGAUGAAACUUUCCCAGUUUAAAAACCCAGUACUGUUUAAUUCAGAACGAAAACUAUGGCCUGUGUUAUUGAUUCUUUGUUUCGUAUUGUUAGUUUUGAAAAUGUUGUAGUGCAUUCUUUUUCUUUUUUUUUUCUCUUCGUACUCACCCGCUUCUCUUUUUAGCCUGCACUAUAAAUAAAAAUUGUAUUAUUUGAAUAAUUUAUUUAAUACAAAUUUGAUAAGCACGGUCUGAAAAAAUUUGAAGUGUAACAUAAAUCAUGGAGGUUUUAACCGUUUAUAAGGAUGGUGCGUAUGUAACCUGGCCGUGUAUGGCAUUUAAAAGUAGCCUUCUUUAAAAUCGGAUUAGGAUAAAAUUGUGUACACUAAUGCGAUCCAGUCCUUAAUAGUUGAUCUGUCUUAACACCACUAUGGUGUUGGGUUUCUUAGCUUUAGAGAAAGCACGUGGGGCAUUUCUACACCGUUCGUUUGUUUUUCACAAUUCAUCUGUGGUGUGUGUGUGUACAGUUUCUUAAUCUAUGUUGACAUAAUUUGUUGGCUUUUAAGACAAGCAUUUAAUUCAGAUCUAAUUUGAAUACUAUAUUUUUUUUAUGCCCUUGUGGGUGAACCAUUUCCUCUUAACUCAUCUGACCUGUGGUGUCGUUUCAAACAACGGUGGAAUACAAAUGCAAACUUGGGCCUUAAGUCUUCGGAUAGAUUGCUUUAUACACAUAAUUUAAAAGCUGACAAAUUUUAUUGUGUCUGCCAGAGUGUGUACAUAUAUAUAAAUAUGAAUAUAUAUGAAAUGUUUGUUGAAAAUGUAGAUGACUAAACACCUCAACUAUUCUUUAUACUGAAAUACAUUGACCUGAAACAUG